AUGAAGAGACCUAAGUCUAUGGCAGAUCUCCGCCUUAACUAAAACCUUCCACCUACUAUGUAUGGUCAAGGAGGGUUCUCAACUCUUUCUUCUAAUAGACAGCUUUUGAAAUCAUAAGGUUUUCCCUUAAUCAAUGAUCCAACAUCAGUCAAAGCAUAACUAUUUGGACGUAUAAUCAUGGGGGCAAAGACAAACAUAUAGAAGCAGCACUUGGAUGUAAAACAUUAUCUAGAGAGAGAGAAAAAAAAACAAGAUGAAAAUGAAAAAAUGGAGAAAAAGCUAAAGAAAAUUGCAGAGGAGGAGGAACUAAAAGAAAAAGAAAGGAAAGUGAUGAUAGCGAAAAAAGAAGAACAAAGAUAGAUGAAGCGAGACAAUGCCAAGAAAAUGGAAAGGUAAAGAGAAAAGGAAUUCGAAUUGGAGAGGAAAAAACUUUCAGAGUAGGCAUUAAAAUUUGAAUAGAAGGAGAGAGAAAAAGAUAUGUUGAGGAGAAUGCAAGCUUUAGAUAAAGCAGAUAAAGAGAAAUAAAAGCAAAGAGAGAUUGAGCUUAAAAGACAGAGGUUAGAGGAGGAAGAAUAGGAAAAAUUAUUGUCAAAACUUGAAAAACUUGAAGAAAUUCAUAAGGAAAGGGAAGAUAAACUUAAAGAAAUCGUCAAUAUAAAAAAAUCACAAGCAAAGGAAUACACUGAUCAUAUAUUGGAAAGACUUGAAUUACUAAAGAUUAUAGAUGUUGUAAAGAAGAUAGAAGUGGAGAACAGAUACUUAGACAAGAUUCAGAAAAUUGAGAAGGUUAGGACUGAUAAGCAGACAAAGGACAAAGAACAAGUUGAUCAUCAUAAGCUAGUAAAUGAGAAAAGAUUUGGAAAAACAAUGCAGAAUAAGUAAAUUCAAUUAAUUGACGACAAGAGAAAGAUAAAGGAUCUUAACUCUAAAUUCAGAUCUAGCAUGGAAAAUCUUACAAGUCAAAAAGAAGAGAAUAUGUAUAAAUCUCAAGCUGAAAGAGAAAAAAAUGACGAGGACAAGAAACUAUAGAUCUAAAAAAAUCUUGACAAAGAGCGCAGAAAGAUAGAGUGGAAAAAGCUGAAGAUUCUAGCGAAGGAAAAGAUGAAUGAGGAGAGAGUGUAGUUCAUUAAGUUUGAGGAAAAUACUAUUAAGAAGAGUCUAGCUGAGCUUACCAUUCAGCAGCAAAUGGAAAGAGACAGAAUAAUGAAAACAAUGACUCGCAUCAGAAACACAGACUUUAAAAGCAUGAAGACUAAAGAGUAUAUUAAGACGGCAGUACCUGAUAUCAAUAUUAGUGAUAUAUUCAGACCUAAAGUUGAGGAGAAAAAGGUGGAUGAGAGUUUAUGA